AUGUCUAAAGAGGAUCUAGUUGGAGGUACUAAGAAGAAGCCGGCUGUGGUGUACAUGUUGCACCUGGCCAUGGCAGAUGUGCUGUUCGUGUCCGUGCUGCCCUUUAAGAUCAGCUAUUACUUUUCUGGCAGUGACUGGAAAUUCGGGUCUGAAAUGUGUCGCUUCGUGACUGCAGCAUUCUAUUGUAAUAUGUACGCCUCCAUCAUGCUCAUGACAGUCAUAAGCAUUGACCGGUUUCUGGCUGUGGUGUAUCCCAUCCAGUCCCUCUCCUGGCGUACUCUGGAAAGGGCAUCCUUCAUUUGUCUGGCCAUCUGGGCUAUGGCCAUGGCGGGGGUGGUGCCUCUCCUCCUCAAGGAGCAAACCACCCGGCUCAAUGUCACCACCUGUCAUGAUGUGCUCAAUGAAACCCUGCUUGAAGGCUAUUAUGCCUAUUACUUCUCAGCCUUCUCUGCUAUCUUCUUUUUUGUGCCAUUGAUUGUUUCCACACUGUGUUAUGUGUCUAUCAUCCGAUGUCUUAGCUCUUCCACAAUUGCCAACCAGAGCAAGAAGUCGCGGGCUUUGUUCUUGUCGGCUGCUGUUUUCUGCAUCUUCAUCAUUUGUUUUGGGCCCACGAACGUCCUCCUGAUCAUGCAUUACUCAUUCCUUUCUCACAGUUCCAUGACGGAGGCUGCCUACUUUGCCUACCUCCUCUGUGUCUGUGUCAGCAGCAUCAGCUGUUGCAUUGAUCCCUUGAUUUACUAUUAUGCCUCCUCUGAGUGCCAGAGGUACCUCUACAGUAUCUUAUGCUGCAAAGAAAGUUCUGAUCCCAACAGUUAUAACAGCAGUGGUCAGUUGAUGGCAAGUAAAAUGGAUACCUGCUCUAGUAACCUGAAUAAUAGCAUAUACAAAAAGCUGUUAACUUAGGAAAAGGGACUGUUGGUAGGUUUAAAAGAAAAGGUUAAAAAAGUGAAUAACCUGAGGAUUCUGUUAGUACCUGCCAAAACUAUAUUUACUUUACCACCUAAAACAACAAAUGUAUCAUUUGCAUGCCUGCUUCUUAUGAGUACCAUCAAGCAUAUAUAUUUGUUAAUUACCAGAAAAGAUAACAGGAACAGAAGACAAUGUUAUUCCAAGAGAGUGUUGUCAAUGCAACAGUAAUAACUG